AAGCGACGCCAUGUGGAGUUUGUUUUGAUUUUCAAACAGUUCAAAACAAGGCAAAGUUUAGCAAUUUGGUCGGUUGGUGCAAGUGCUAUCGUCAUAGCAAUGGACUAAUCUGUUUGGAACGUCUAUAGAAAAAGGAUCCAAUUAGGUAAGCAAAAAUGUCGUACGUCGAAUGGCUGACAAAAAUUCGUGCCGCCGAAAAGUCGUCGGCCAUGCAGGGCACGAUCCGAAAAGUGCACUACACCUUCCCCGAUGGGAGCGAAAUGGCCGAGGAGUACAGCACCGAAACGGGCUGUGUCCUGCGGAGGGCGUGGAAAGUCCGCAGUGACUUGCUGCGGAAAGACGACUGGGAGAUCGAACUGGGCGAACCCAUCCCCAAGGUACUGCAGCAAAACGGGGAUGGAUUUGCAUUGCAGGAAGCAGCCACAGAACCAUUCCUAUCGAAACGGGUUACGCGCAAUGCCAUUGAGUGGCGUAUCCGGAACCUGCCCUAUCCACUGUCUACGUAUACAAUAACGUGCGAGGGAGAUGCACGGACCGUUACCGUGAGAACAUCGAAUAAGAAAUACUUUAAGAAGAUUGUGGUGCCGGAGUUCCAGAGGUGCCAAUUCGCGCCAAAGGUGGAGGACUUGAUGGUGAAGCACCAGUAUAAUACCUUGAUAAUAUCGUAUAAAAAACCAACGAUUCUUGUGGAAAUGGAAAAGGCCAUAUUGGUGGAGUUGCAGAAUGUGGAAACCGUUGAGUACGACAAUAUUCAGUGCGAGGACUUACUUAAAGGAUUAAUCGGACAAUGAAUUAAAAAAGCUCUAAAAAAUUA